UGGUCGCCAUCGUCAUCAUCUGUACGCACGGCGGCCACAGCAGCUCCUGGACGGCAGGGUAUCCCAGCGCUGUUCCCUCUCACUGCGAGGAGAAAACACUCACACAGCGGAGAACAACCUCGGCGAUUUCCCGCACGAAAGUCCCUCUGGAAACUCCGAUGGAUUAAUCUGAUUGUCUGCGGUGACGUUUCACAUGAAAAUUGCAGAGCUGGGGUAGGAGUAUCUACUGCUUCCCUCACUGACACUGAGCGAGCUCCAGCAGACAUGACUGUCCUGGACUGAGGUUCAACUUGUUGAAUAUGUUACCGUGCUGACAUUUUCAGGAUUGCUUUCAUCAUGAAAGGCCGGACACAACUCCUCAUCCCCAUACACCCCGUCGUAACAUUGGGACGUCAUUUCACCAAAAAAUAAGCCACAAAGAGAUCAAAAAGUAGAGAAUGGGCUGUGUCCAAUGUAAGGAUAAAGAAGCAGCAAAACUCACUGACGACCGGGAGACCAGCCUUUCACACAACUCGGGGUACCGCUAUGGGUCCGACCCCACGCCACAGCACUACCCUAGCUUCGGGGUCACCACUAUCCCCAACUACAACAACUUCCACAGCGGCGCCUCACAAGGGGUGACCGUGUUCGGAGGAGUCCACACAUCCUCGCAGUCUGGGACACUUCGGUCUCGAGGUGGAACAGGGGUGACUCUGUUUGUGGCUCUUUACGAUUACGAAGCCAGGACCGAGGAUGACCUCAGCUUCAGAAAGGGGGAGAGAUUCCAGAUCCUCAACAGCACCGAGGGCGACUGGUGGGAGGCUCGUUCUCUCACUACAGGUGGAACUGGUUACAUUCCCAGCAAUUACGUUGCUCCGGUGGACUCAAUCCAAGCUGAGGACUGGUAUUUUGGUAAAUUAGGCCGAAAGGACGCAGAGAGGCAACUGCUCUCCAACGGCAACGCCAGAGGCACUUUCCUCAUCCGAGAGAGUGAAACAACCAAAGGGGCCUACUCUCUCUCCAUCCAGGACUGGGACGAUGUCAAGGGAGACCACGUCAAACACUAUAAGAUUCGUAAGCUGGACAGUGGGGGCUACUACAUCACCACCAGGGCCCAGUUUGAGACACUCCAGCAGCUAGUGCAGCACUACUCGGCCAGGGCUGCAGGGCUGUGCUGCCGACUGAUUGUACCGUGCCACAAAGGCAUGCCUCGUCUGACUGACCUGUCUGUCAAAACCAAAGACGUGUGGGAGAUCCCGCGGGAGUCGCUGCAGCUAAUCAAACGUCUCGGGAACGGACAGUUUGGAGAGGUCUGGAUGGGCACGUGGAAUGGCACCACCAAGGUGGCAGUCAAGACUCUGAAACCCGGCACCAUGUCCCCCGAGUCCUUCCUGGAGGAGGCUCAGAUUAUGAAAAAGCUCCGACACGACAAGCUGGUGCAGCUCUAUGCCGUGGUGUCUGAAGAACCCAUCUAUAUCGUCACUGAGUACAUGUGCAAAGGUAGUUUGCUUGACUUCCUUAAAGAUGGAGAAGGACGAGGCCUCAAGCUGCCAAAUCUAGUGGACAUGGCAGCGCAGGUGGCGGCAGGCAUGGCAUACAUUGAGAGGAUGAACUACAUCCACAGAGACCUACGCUCUGCCAACAUCCUAGUUGGAGAAAGUCUGGUGUGUAAGAUCGCUGACUUUGGUCUGGCCAGACUCAUCGAGGACAAUGAAUACACAGCAAGACAAGGUGCAAAGUUUCCAAUAAAGUGGACCGCUCCUGAAGCUGCUCUCUACGGGAAAUUCACCAUCAAGUCGGACGUGUGGUCGUUUGGCAUUCUGCUGACAGAGCUGGUGACCAAGGGCAGGGUGCCCUAUCCAGGCAUGAACAACCGUGAGGUGCUGGAGCAGGUGGAGCGAGGCUACCGGAUGCCGUGCCCGCAGGACUGUCCCUCAUCCCUGCACGAGCUGAUGGUGCAGUGCUGGAAGAAAGACCCGGAGGAGAGGCCCACCUUUGAGUACCUGCAAGCCUUUUUGGAGGACUACUUCACUGCCACUGAGCCUCAGUACCAGCCGGGGGAUAAUCUCUGAGCGCCGCUGCCCUUCUCACAUGUCAUUUCACAGGCUUUCCCCCCAGAGGGAGCCAGACUCCACCUUUUCUCUCUCUCAUCCUGUGGCUGUAACACUACAAAGCUCAUCGACUGACUUCUUGACUUCCGAACUUCAUAAGAACAGGGGCGGCUGCUUCUCUGACAGCAUACUGACUAUCAAAUCCAAGGAUGUUUUUGGGAGGUGGGAGGGGGCGCUGAGAUCAUGGAGGAGUUAAAAAUGACAUGAAUGAACGAGAUGAGUCAUGCUGUGUAACUUGUAUGUAGUGUAAAUAUCAAUUGCUUGUUUACUUAUCUCUUUUUUGUUUCAUUUUAUAUUACUUUUGAUAUUUUGGAAAUGUGUGUAUUUUGUUUUUUUUAAUCCGGGGUCAAAGUUAUUUCAGAUUUACGGCUUGUAGAAAAAAAGUGUGAGGCUCACAGUUGGUAACAAAUAGUUGCAUAAUAAUUGUAAGAAGGAAAAUAGUUAGACAUCGUGGACAGAAGCAUCUCAGAAUUUUUUUUCUGGGAGUCCACUGACCUUUUUUACGAGGUGAAUAUAACGAUACUGCUCUCCUCUUCUCAAGGAAACCUAGAUGUACUAUAACACCUGUUCUUGCCUUUUCAUGUUUAGUAAUAUUCUUAUAAUGUAAGGGAAUGUCUUCAUGCUUUCAUAGACUCUUCCACCCAAACUUAUAUGGUAUCUGCGCUGAUAUUAAGUGCAUUCAUUGCAUUUCAGCUUCAGCCAAUGAUUUCUAGAUCGGCUUAAAGUGACUUUUAGUUCAGCUUCUUGUAGUUGAAAUGGAGGCUGACUUCCUCUCUAACUGCAGCCUUUGUUCCGCUGGCUGCUUAUUAUACUGGCAAGGUUUUAAAAUGUAUGUUGCAUUAUUGUAUGGCAGCAGGCUGUGUAGGAAUUCUUGUCUUUCCGCUUAAGCAGCCAAACAAACUUCCACUUACAUGACGCGAAUGAAGGAAGUGAUUUGUAUUUGUCCCCCCAUAAUGUGUAUCUGGAAAUAACAUGUUGUUUAAGAGACAAAACGUGUUAAUUUCACUGUAGUAUUUUUGCUUAACAUUUCAGCCAGUCUUAUGUGUCCUAAAGGUUAUGUAAUUCUAUGAUUCUUUCCAGCGAAAUCUGCAUCUCUGGUGUCGAACCCUUUUCUGUGUGCAUUCCAGGACAAUAAACCAUUUCUAUUUGUAUUUAAAUUGCUUUUCACAGGUGGAAAAGUGAGCAAAACCUAGUUUUUGUAUCACUUUGUUUGCCCUAAUUCAGUAGAUAUACGGAACAUGUUUUCGGUCGCUGCAUUAUUUAUUGUCUCUGUCUGUUACUUGUACACAUCUGGUUUUGAAAUAAAUAAUAUUGCCACCAUU